AAUUCUGCAGCGCACAUACAGCUUUACUUGUUUCCAUCUGUUCGCCUUUUUGAAGCUUUCCUACUUUAAAAAUGAAUUGUUUUACUGUAAUGAAUGGGAGUCUGACAGGCCUGUUGCUAGCCAGUUUUGUUAUUUUGGCUCCAGCUAUGUAUUUUGAUUUAGGGGAACAAGAGGAAAAGUGCAUCAUCGAGGAGAUUCCAGUGGACACACUGGUGACAGGUGUACUCAUGCUUGAGUACUGGGAUGAAAACAAAAAGAGCAAUAUCCCACAUCUUGGUUUGACUGUAACCGUGAGAGACCCUCAACAUGAGGUGGUCUUGUUAAAACGCUUUGGGAGGUAUGGAAAAUUCACCUUUACAUCCCCUGCUUCGGGUCAACAUUUUCUGUGCAUGCAAUCCAACUCCACCAGGUUCUCUGUAUUUGCCGGAGAUCGUCUAAAAGUGCAUUUAGACGUUCAAAUGGGUGAACACACCAUUGAUCCUAAUGCUGCCAAGACAAAGGAUACUAUGAAAGCAAUGGAGUACAACCUGCAACAUCUCAUUGACCAGAUGCGUUACAUUAGCAGACAGCAAGAUUUCCAAAGGGAACGUGAGGAGAAGUUUCGCCAAAUGAGCGAGGAAACGAAUGGAAACGUUUUGUGGUGGGCCAUUAUUCAGACAUCAAUACUGCUCUCUGUUGGAUUCUGGCAAAUGAAAAACCUCAAAGACUUUUUCAUCGAAAAGAAGUUGGUUUAGCUUUAUGAAAUGACUAACUGCUCGUUUAAAUAAUUCUAAGACCGUUUGAAGCAUUUUGAUAAAUUAGCUCACUCGAGAGGGAACUAUCAUUUACUCUGUAAUACAAAUAAAAAAUGUUUCUGGGCUGAUGGUAAUAAAUUCAAUUUAUUUACUU